GGGCCCCUUUUGAUGGAAUUAGCUGGAUAAAUAUUUAGGAAGCUUUUUGGUGGUGCAUUUGUGUCUGCUGGUGCUGUAGAAGUAAACAGGGAAAGGCGGCUCAUAGGAUACCUUGAGCAGAGGUGGGGCCCAGGGCUAAAUGGACUAGGCAUUGGAUGCUGUUGGGGGCGAUAAAUGCACCGCCUAUUUGCUUGACGGGGAGGGAGUUAAUUAAAGGGAAUCAGCUCUGGUUUACUUCUGCUGGUGUAUUAUUGUGGGGAGCUGUUAUGUUAUGGUGCUGCGAGUAAAAAAUAAUUUAAUUCAGAAAUUUUAUUCAAUUAAUUCAAAAUUUUAAUUUAUUAGCGAUAUUCUCCGUGGCUGGUAUCCACAAUCAGGGAUGCCACGCCGUUGCCUCGCCGACGGCCUGUCGUCGACCUUCCUCUCGUCGUGCUUGAGAAAGAGUGCUUCCUCGUCGAGCCUGCGCGAUGGGCGAGAAGCCCACGCGCAGGUCGUCGCCCGUGGCCUUCUCCCCCACGUCACGCUCGAGACCGACCUCGUCCUCAUGUACGCCCGCUGCUCUGGCAUCCACCUCGCCCGCAUGGUGUUCGACCGGAUGCCGCAACGGAACAUGCAUUCCUGGAACAUCCUCCUCUCCUCCUACGCCCAAAUGGGGCCCCUCGCCGACCAACUUGGGGUCCUCUCUCUUCCCCGCAGUCUUCUCCGCUCCGGCCUUCUUCCCGAUCACUUCACGCUUCCAUCUCUCUUCAAGGUCUGUGCCGCCGUCAGAGAUCACUUUCGAGGCAUGGCAUUCCACAACUGGGCCAUAUGCCUCGGGCACGAAGGUUGUUUCAUCGUCCGGAGCUCCAUUAUGGAUAUGUACGCGAAAUGUGGGCUCUUGGAUGAUGCUCGCUACUUGUUUGAAACAAUGCCUCGAAGGGACAGUGCUAUGUGGAAUUCUAUUGUCUCAGGUUAUGCAAGGCUUGGAUGUUCAGCGGAAGCACUGGCCCUUUAUCGCCGUAGGCCAAAAUGCGAGGUCGAGGAGGAUUUCAUGGCCAUUCCAAGCAUCUUGAGUGCAUGUGCUAGGGAAGGAGACUUGAGAAGUGGGAUGGAAGUUCACGGUAGAGCUACUCGGUGUUUGUUGUUUGACUGCGAUGUCACGAUCGGCAAUUCUCUGAUUGAUAUGUAUGCUAAGUGCGGCUGUGUGGGUGAUGCACAGAAAGUUUUCUCAAGAAUGAGCCGGCAAAAUUUGGUUACAUGGUCGACUUUGAUCUCUUGCUACGGUGCCCAUGGUGACGGCUACGAGUCACUGAGACUGUAUCAAGAAAUGCUAGAGCGAGGAAUGAAGCCAAAUCGUAUAACAUUCACUUCGAUCUUGUCCAGUUGCAGUCACUCUGGACUUGUGAGCCAGGGAAUGAGGAUCUUUGAAUCCAUGCAAGAUGUUCACAGUGUGGAGCCUGGAGUCGAGCACUAUGCGUGUCUAGUGGACCUUAUAGGUCGUUCAGGAAGGAUCAAAGAAGCUCUAGAUAUUAUUCAGACAAUGCCCAUGGAACCAACUUCUAGUGUUUGGGGAGCACUAUUAGGUGCUUGUGUGAUGCACAGAAAUAUAAAGGUCGGAGAGAUCGCCUCGUCUAGAUUAUUUGAACUAGAGGAAAGGAAUGCUAGCAACUAUGUGGCUCUUUGCGGAAUACAUGAAGCACUUGGCCAAUUGGACUGUGUGGCCAAGUUGAGAACAAAGAUGAGAAAACUGGGCAUGGUGAAGAAACCAGGGUGCAGUUGGCUUGAUGCGGACGGGAAAUUGCAGAUUUUCUAUCAGGGAGAUGCCGUGAAUCCCCAAGUAAACGAUAUCCUUGUGUUGGAAUGUCUGCAUCUUUUGGCCAUGCCUUCUCAAUAAGAAGACUCAAAUAUCUUUUAAUGGUUGCUGCAAGCAUUGCCUUCUAAAGUACUACAUGAAGCUAGAGUUCACAGACAUCUACAGCGAUGGCCGUUAGUUCAAUUCGAGGACAAUAUUCAAACAAUCGAGAUAUUGGCUUUGCGGAACGACUUUCUCCUCUUUGAGAGAAGAUGAUUCGAAGUAAAAUAAAAUGAAUCCAAGCACUAUCAAAAACUCCAGCAGAA